GAAGAGGAGGAUGAAGGCAUCUUCAGCCGCGGUCAGUGCGAGAUUCUCAGGAAGAAGAGUUCACCGCGUGUCGCCGCUCCGCUGCUCUGUCUCCUCACCUGCUCACAGGAAGACAACCGGGCUCUGACGUCACCCAGAUAUGUCAGUGUGCAGUUCACACUCCGACCGGCGGGGGCGCUGACAGGAUCUAGGUCUAGACGGAAAUGACGUCUCAGUGUUCGUCCAAUGAGAGGCGCGGCUGCAGGUUCAAACGGAGCCGAACCAGCGGGUGGAUCAGUUUCAGGUGCCGCCAUGACGGAGGAUCAGCUGAACGCACAGCGGACUCAGAGCGAGAUGCACCUGAGCACAGGGGCGGGGCCUCAAGAGGAGGGCGGAGUCAGGCAGGUGAGCGAGUACUGCAAAGAUCUGCUGAUGAGAGGACGAGAGGAGCUGAGUCUAGAGGAGCUGAGGGCCGAGAGAUACUUCAGGCACAGGCAGAAGGACGUGGAAGAGAGGCUGAAACACCUGACGGAGGUGAAUGAGCAGCUGAAUCAGGAGCUGGAGGAGAAGACAAGACUGUUUCUGCUCAGAAAAUCUCACCAGCAGCAGGUGGGUCCUGAAGCUCCAGCUGCCACCUCCUUCCAGAUCUAUGACGAGUCCCAGUCCGCUGCCGCUCGGCCUGCUGGAAACUCUGAGCUGCAGGACGACGUCUUCCUCCGUCCUGACGAGAGAGGACUGUGUCUGAAGAUCCAGUUCCCCCGACCGGGUGGUGCUGGUCCGUCUGAACUCCCUCAGCGUCUCCAGGCUGAAGACGUCUGUUGUUCAGAGUCUGGAGAACUGCAGACUCCGCCCCCAGACUCCGCCCCCCAGGAGCCCGACUCCAAAACCACCAAGAAGCUGAGUCCCAUACAGGAGACGAGUGUUGAGGCUGGAGACCGCAGUCUCGUGGACCAGCACCAGGACCAGAACUUGACUCCAGCAACUGUGGGCCAAGCUAUGGAUCCCUGUGACCCGGAGGUCCGCCGGCGGCUGUUGGACGUGUGUGAUGUCACUUCCUCUCCCGGUUUUCACUGCGAGUCGCGGCCCCUCCCACCUGUGUGCGGCCGCCUGCAGCUGGGGGGCGACGUGUAUGAUAUCUACUCCACGGUCGUGGACGGAGGAAGUUUCUCUGUCUACAAAGCGGCGUCGGACGACGACUACGUUCUCAUCAAGGUGGACCGCUGCCGAGUCCCCUGGGACUUUCACCAGUUGACCCGUCUGAAGAUGAGCUCGGCCGCCGCGCUCCCUCUUAUCAGCUGCUACCUGUUCCUUGACGGCUGCGUCACAGUCUACACCAAACCACCUGACCACAUGUUCACGGUGCUGACGGAGUGCCAGGACUCUGUGGUUCAUAUCGUGGUCCUGCUCCUGCAGCUGGUGUCGCAGCUUCACUCCUGCAGGCUGCUGCAUGCGGCGCUGCAGCCGAGCAUCCUCACCUGCUCCUACAGGGGUCUGAUGGAUCUGGACUCGGUCUUCCCGGUGGACUGGUCGUGGUCCGUGGACCUGGACCUGCAGCAGGACGUGACGUCGGUCCAGCAGCUGCCCACGGCUCGGUCCUACGUCAGUCUGGGUCUGCUGGAGCCGACGUCUCCGCCUCAGCUGAUGGAUCUGGUGGGCGUGGCCGAGACCGUCCACAUGCUCCUGACCCACAGCAGGAUGGUCCUGGUGAAGGACGACGAGGGCUGGACGGCCGAGCGCUUCAGCAGAGACGAGUCCUGCGACGUGUUUCCCGGGACGUGGAUGACAUGGUCGAGGUUUUUCCGGUCGCUGCUGAACGCCGGCGGCCGCUCGUCGCUCUCCGUCCUGUCGGAGCUGACGGAUCAGCUGUCGGAUCUUAAAUACUGACGCUUCUGUUUGUUCGUUCAUUUCCUGUUUUCAUGUUUUAAGUAAAUAAAUAACUGUCAUGUUUA